AUGAAUAAACUCGCGAACCUCAACAUGCGUCACUGGUCCGACAGGAUAAACCCCAACUUUAGCAUGUCGAACCGGCCUCCUAACAUGCCCGGUCCAGCCAUGAACCCACUGCAGAAGUUGGCCCACCAGGGUGCCGCGAAUGCUUCGGCGACGUCUCUUAACCAGGUUGGCAUGACUGUGAACACGCCGGUAUUCUACGCCUUCAAUGUCCCGUUUGCUUCCGACCUGGCCGGCCCCGACACCGAGGAUAUUUUGCAUGCUACCAAAGAUGCAGUCCUUCGUUGGACGCACCCGGACAGUGCCCCGGAUGACGUGCCUGUCCAUGAACUGCCUGUCCACGCGAACAACCUCGCGGACCUGGGAAACCUCUGCGACCAGCUUGCUGCCAAGAACGAAAUCGAGGCCAACAUUAUAACCUCUGUCCCCAAGAACGCCAAGUCCCAAGUUACGACGGUCUGCCUGGUAGGCGCGCCCGAUUCUGUCUACCGUGCCCACGAGACUAUCCUGAACGAAACGCCUCUUGCUCUUCGCUGUACGACCGUUGAUAUCAGUGGUGACAUGGUCGCCGACCUCAUUGAAGGCACGCUGAAGAAAGCCGUUACCGAUACGCUCGACAACAUCUCAAACUUUUGCGGCGUUGACAUUUUCCUCCUUGGCCCAAAGCUGACGCCGAUCGUGGAUGGGCUCAACGGUGACAAUGAGCUCCGGCGUGACCAACGAUGGAGAGUAGCUAUCUACGGAGACAUUUUGUCAUCGGAACAUGCUAAAACCCGAGUGUUGAUUCACAUUGACAGAAUGCUCGGCCGCGUUUAUGACGUACUGCGGUUGGAUACCAACUUCCACCAGCCUCUGUGCGGCCGCAACAGAAAAAACAUCAAGACGAUCGAGUCUUCGACUGGUACUGCCAUCUACAUGCCUCCAUCGUUUUCGACCGUGUUCCGCUAUUCGCCCCCGACUGCCCGCCCGCGUGAGCCGAACGAGAUUUUCAUUACCGGCGAGAGCCAAGACAGCGUUUCGGCCGCGAAGAAGAAGAUCCACGAAGUCUUGGGCCGUACCCGCCUCUUCUUGAAGGAUAUUGUUGUUCCGGCGGAGAAGAUCGACAGUAUUUUGCUCAGCCGCAUGGACAAAGUCCGCAAGAUCACCGAGACGAAUGGGGCUAAUAUCCUCUUUCCGGUCCUCGGCUCGAGACAAAACACGGUUCGGAUCCAGGCUACCGAGAACCUGCACACGGAGCGGACGGCCCGGGAGUUGAUGGCCCUUGCUGGACAGUUCUACAGCGGCUUCUGGGCUGUUGCUCAAGCGGAUAGCCGCCAGAUUCCCAAUCCCGCUGAAAUUCAAUCGAUUCUGGGGGAAGUAUGCGCCAACUCCGAUGCGGAUGUCUCGUUCCAGGCCUGGGCAUUUAGUAUCACGGGCUCCGACGACGCCGUCAAGGCUGCACUGAAUGUCCUUUCUAUGGUCCCGCUUGCGAUCCAUCUUCCGUAUCAGAUCAAGGUCAAGAUUGAGCUUGCCAACGAACACAAAGAAUUCGUCAGUGGCAAGAAAAACGGCAAAAUCAACAAGAUCAUGGGACAAAGCAACGUGCAGAUCCUAUUCGAGAGCUUCGGCGAGUACAACUUCAACAUUGAUGUCAAUGCUCAAUCGUACGAGUCGAUGAAGCAGGGCCUUUCGCUGGUCGAGCAGGAGAUGCCCGCGUCCAUCUCUUUCCAUGUUCCGGACCAGUACCACAAGCGCAUUAUUGGCAUAGGAGGCCAGCACAUCCAGCGCAUCAUGAAAAAGCAUUCUGUCUUUGUCAAGUUCUCUAACGCUAUGGACCGAGGUGGCAUUGGCCGAGAAGAUGAUGACAUGCGCGUUGACAAUGUGAUAUGCCGCACCCCUGCUCGUAACGCUCAGAAUCUUGAGCUUGUCAAGUCUGAAAUUUUGGAGAUGGUUGAUCGAGUGGAUUCGGAGUUUACGUCUCAAAUCGUUAACGUCGAUCGCCUGUACCACCGUCGUUUGAUUGCGCGACUGCCGGAGCUUGAGACUCUUGAGAAGAAAUGGAACUGCAAGAUCAGUUUCCCUAGCACCGAACAAGCAAGCGAUGAAGUGACUGUUACCGGCCCGCAGUGGCAGGUUCCCCUCUGCGUGGACGACUUCCUGGGAAUGGUUCCUGACAACCAUGAAAUGGUCUUUGUGCGGAGCUCCGCCCUGAUCAAGUAUCUAGAGUCUCCGGAGUAUGCACACGAAUUGGUGCCGAAGCUGAAGAAGCACCAUGAGGUUGGCGUCACCGUUCAGGAGAAUACCGAAGAGACCACUGAGGAGGGCGAGCCGACCGUGACCAUGCUGUGGACGUUUACGCGUAACAAUGCAGGUGGUCUUCGCGACGCGGUCGAGGUCCUUUAUUCACAGCUUGCUACAGCCAACGUCGAGGUGACUGUCGUCAAGGGCUCGAUUCCCCGCCCCAAAUCCGACACAUUUGAAGAAUCAUUCCAGUACUUUGAUUCAAAGCUGCUCCAGCACGCACCGACGACCCUCGGAACAGAUUCGCCAACCAAGUCCGCUUUUGGCGAUGAGGUGGCCCGCGAGCGCAACACCAUCUUUGACCGUCUCCGCAAACCGGGCAGCAUGUCGUCGAUCUCGUCGUUCCUUGACCGUCGCAAGAACAGCGCACAAUCGUCCCACUCCCUUUUCAAGGGUUCGGCCAACGCGUCCAAGACAUCUUUGAUUAGCAUCGAAUCGACUCGCAGUUUCAAUGCGGACCGCAACCCUUGGAACGACAGCGGUGUCAACCUACCCGAUGACGACUCGUCUCCUUGGCCGACCCGUCCUUUCAGCAACGGCAUGGACCACCACAACCUGACGAUUCCCCAGACGGGCGAGAUCACACCUCGCUACAACCCGCGGCAGUCUGCUGACAGCGGCCGCCCGUCAACGUCUCACUCGACCAAUUCUGGAUACCCUGGUCACAUUGGAGCCUUCCGUUAA